UUUGCAAUUUUUCUGCAGGCUUCAAAAUUAAGUUUUUCACAAAAAACAAUGAGACAAUCGUCUCCGACGACGAGGAGCAACAGAACAGCAAAAAUCGUGGCAACAGCAGCGAUUUUCAACGCAGGAAUAAUUUGCCUGGUUUUUUACAUGACCACGAAUCAAUCUUCCCCGUCAGUCUUAUUUAAACAAAAAGCGGAAGAAAUUUCGCCGGAGAAUCCAAUUUCGUUGCUGUUUUUCAACCGAGUGCCAAAAACCGGAAGCGAACUUUUCGCUCUCCUGCUUCAAUGGUUGCAAGAACCCAACAAUUUUUUGCAACUGAGGCUCAGUGGGAAUGAGAAGAGGAAACUCGAUUCCAUGGAAAGGAAAGAAAUGACAAUAAAUCUCGCUGAUGACAUGAAAGUCAAGGGAGGUGAAAAGUUCGUCGCAGAUCGACACGUUUACUUCUUUGACGUCAAAGAAGACAUGACUCGUCGUUUCCCCUCAGCGGAAGUGAAAUAUUUCAGUACGAUUCGAGAUCCAGUUGAAAAGGCCGCAUCACGGUUUUACUACUCUCGAGCGACAUCUAGGAAUCAAACAAGACUUCACGACACGAGCUUCGAGGCUUGUGUCGCGCAGGGCAUGCCCGAGUGUCGCUUCUUGGACGGUGAAAGUUACGACUUGACCAUCCCCUAUUUUUGUGGACAUCAUGAUGAUUGCUUAAAGCUGAAUAAUCAGUGGGCAUUUCAGCAAGCAAAGGAGAAUGUUGAGAAGCAUUUCACUGUUGUUGGGGUUCUGGAAGAACUCAAUGUAACUCUUGCUACCCUGGAGAACAACUUACCAGAGUUCUUCCAUGGUGUUCAAAAGCUUUACUUUGACGAUUUAAUGAAGGUGAAGUGGAAUUACAAUAAAGAGAGACCAAGAGGAGUAGAGUCAGCAGUUGCAGAUAGACUGAGGCAGAACUUGACUCUGGAAUAUGCAUUCUACAAUUUUGUCAAGCAAAGGCUGCUGAGCUGAGGAAGCAUGAUGGCACUUGCCAAACCAUCUCCAUCUCUUAUUUUUGUUGUGGUUGCCAAAAAAAGCCCCCCUAUGGAGGAUCAAAGCAAAUUGCAUGAUCAUUAGCAGGAAUGAUGGAGAGGCCAGAAUGCAGGUGAAAACAAAAGGCAUGCCUUGUUUUGCACCCCACUUGGCAAUGCUCUUCCCCCCCCCCCACCACAAUGUGGGGAAGCUCCUGUGUGUGCCUGAUACCCCCUACAAUUCGCAACAAUGGAUCCAUCUCCCCUGAGGGGGGUAAAAAAGAAAGGAAGAGAGAGGCAGAAUUGGACCCCACAGGUUCCUCUGAUCCAUCUCCCCACAUAUCCUUGUGACACACUCACUAGGACAAAUACUGCCAUCAGAAGAGAGGUCUGAUCUUGGGAUGCUGCUGCUGGGGAAGGAAGAGACUUGUACCUAAGGUAUAUAUAUAUACAGGAAGGACCCUUGAAGGAAAUUGCCUGGGCUCUGCCAAUUCCUCUUCACCCUGCAAGCUUGUUCUGAAACUAUAUCUGCCCAAAAUGUGCUGUGUGGGUGUCAUCCUUGCAUUUCUGGGUCUGUUUGUUCUAAUCAUAAAGAGCAAAUACAACGUCCCAGGCAGACAUCAUAUCUUUGCCUCUGUUUUUUUUUCCUCCCCUACAUCAUCUGACUUCCACCCCUCAUACUUGGUAUUAUUCCUAUGUAAUUUUAAUUGUAUUACGUAACUCAAGUUAUAAAAACACAUGCUGUACUACUAAAACUUUUUCUUGGAAAUGUUUUGGUGCGGAGAAAAGUCCUUCACUUUUUUUUCAAUCCUGGACACAAAAUCCAUGCAUUUCAGCUAGUUAUGAGUUUGCAUGUUUUAAUUUUUCAAUUCAAGAC